ACUUUUGGAAGUACCAAUAAACAAUUGGAAUUUCAAGGGAACUUUUAUAUCCGGGUAGCGCAAUGCAUCCUGGGAAUAAUUGAUUCUUCGAAACCAAGCAGAAGAGUUCUAUUUGGUUCGCUUUAGAGGCGAAAUUUGCAGAAUCUGUGGCUAUGGCGACUGCAAAGACCACAGAUCAAGAUGCACGGGGGUCCGAUACUGUUACAUACGAGCUGGGAGAUGUGAAUAUGACGGGGCAAGGGAAAAUUGCCAUGGAGAACUUCGAGCUUCUCAAGGUUCUUGGAACUGGAGCUUAUGGCAAGGUAUUCCUUGUACGCAAGAACUCCGGAAAAGAUCAGGGCAAACUGUACGCCAUGAAAGUACUCAAGAAAGCUAGCAUCGUCCAGAAAACUAAGACAACAGAACAUACAAAAACUGAACGUCAAGUACUGGAGGCAAUCAGACAAUCCCCGUUCCUCGUCACACUUCACUAUGCAUUCCAGACAGAAGCCAAGCUCCAUCUUAUCCUAGAUUAUGUAAAUGGAGGGGAGCUGUUCACCCAUCUAUACCAAAGGGAACAUUUCAAGGAGCCAGAGGUGCGCAUAUAUAUAGGAGAGAUUGCCCUCGCUCUUGAGACUCUUCAUAAGCUUGGUAUUAUAUACAGAGAUAUCAAAUUGGAGAACAUCUUAUUGGACUCCCAAGGCCACAUCAUCCUCACAGACUUUGGUCUGAGUAAGGAGUUUCUACCUCAUGAAACCACUCAACGUGCAUACUCAUUCUGUGGUACUAUAGAAUACAUGGCCCCUGAGGUUGUACAGGCGGGCACCAAGGGUCACGACUUUGCCGUAGACUGGUGGUCCCUUGGCGUGCUUACAUAUGAACUUUUGACUGGUGCAUCCCCCUUUACAGUUGAUGGGGAGAAAAAUUCCCAGUCUGAAAUAUCCAAGCGUAUCCUGUACUCCCAGCCACCCAUGCCAAAGAGCUUUUCCUCAAAUGUGAAGGACUUUAUACUCAAGCUGCUGACUAAGGAACCCAGGGACAGACUGGGGGCCAGAGGGGCAAGUGAUGUCAAGAAACAUGCCUUCUUCAAGGGUCUAAAUUGGAUUGACCUGGCCACUAAGAAAAUCCCCGCUCCAUUCAUCCCAGUUAUCAAAGACCCUAUGGAUGUAAGCAACUUCUCAGAGGAGUUCACAAACAUGGUGGCACAGGACUCCCCAGCUAUUGUACCUAUGGCUGGAGACAAGAUAUUCAAGGGUUACUCUUAUGUGGCACCAUCUAUAAUGUUCAGUGAGAACCUGAUAAGCCAUGAUUUUUUGAAGCCGUCUCUAGAACGUCAGCCAACAGAUCUUAACCUGUGUCUGGCCCACCAGUUCAAGAACUCACCAUUUUUCCAGAACUAUGAAAUCAAUCUGAAGGAGACCAUGCUAGGUGGCGGCAGUUUUUCUAUAUGCAGGAAAUGCAGGCACAAGAGAACGGGUGUUGAAUAUGCAGUAAAGAUAAUCAGUCGUCGUAUCAACUGCCAGCAGGAAAUCAGUCUACUCAGGAUGUGUCAAGGUCACCCCAAUAUAGUCAAACUACACGAGGUUUAUCAUGACGAGCUUCAUUCAUAUCUUGUACUCGAUCUACUAAAGGGAGGAGAGUUGUUAGAUCGGAUACGAAAAAAGCGCCAAUUCACCGAGACUGAAGCGGGUCAAAUUAUGAGGAAGCUAGUCUCUGCAGUAGAUCACAUUCACAGUCAUGGAGUUGUACAUAGGGACCUGAAGCCUGAGAACCUCCUGUUUGUCGAUGACAAAGAUGAUUCAGAUAUUAAGAUAGUUGAUUUUGGGUUUGCCCGACUGAAGCCAAAGGAUGGCCCACUUGAGACGCCAUGUUUCACACUGCACUACGCGGCUCCUGAGGUCCUAAAGCAGACCACCCAGCACAAGGAAGGGUAUGAUGAGGCCUGUGAUCUGUGGAGCCUUGGAGUCAUCCUGUACACCAUGUUGUCGGGCAAAGCACCAUUCCAGAGUAGAUGUAGUGAAGAUACAGCAGAGAAAAUUAUGCAACGAAUAAAGAGUGGAAAAUUUAUCAUAUCAGGAAAAGAUUGGGAUGUAGUCUCAGACCAGGCCAAAAGACUUAUACAAGGUAUGUUGACGGUUGAUCCUCGACAGCGAGUCACAAUGACAGACCUCCUCAACAAUGAAUGGAUACAGGGUAGAGACGGACAUAUCUACAAUCAAACACCUCUAAUGACUCCAGAUGUUCUAAAUUACUCUUCGAAAAACCCCAAAAAACGUUCAGUAAAAUCUCAAUUAAAUAAUACAAUCAAAGCGUUCCAAAUUGCUGCUCGGGAAGGAUUCCGUCUACAGGAUGUGAACAAUGCUCCAUUGGCGCAACGACGUAUCAAGAAGAAGAGUUCAACAGCAUCUAGGAGUAGUAGCAGUAGUGAAAGUGGGCACUCGUAUGGCUCUUUAACACCCACCAAGAGUCUAACACAGUCUCCAGUUAGGCAGUCCCCCAUACGUAAUCUCUCCAACACAUCAUCUAAUAGUUCUAUAAGCAGUACAGGCUUCGUGCCAUUGAAACAGUUCACCACCAAACCACCUCCCACCCUUGAAAACUCUGGCUACUUCAGCUUUAGUCGCCAUAAGAUGGCAGCACUGGGUGUUGUGCCUGAUCUCGCCAUGACGUUAGACCAAUCUCUGCCUCAUCCAUCGGAUAGCUCUAACAAUAAUAAUGACUCUACCACAGCUAAAGGUGCCAAGCGAAAACUUCCACUGUCUGACCAAGAUGACUCAGAUUGUAUCAUAAUAGAAGAGCCCUCCACUAAUUCUAACUCUAGUCACUCUAGUGAACCGCAGGUGGCUGUAAAAAGACCGAGAUCUGAGACUAUAGUGCUUGACUAAAUGCCGCUGGAUUAUUCAAGGUGAUACAAUGUAAGCCUAUCAAACCCAAAAGCAGCUAAACCUGUCCAAUCGGCUUAUUGGUGUGGUGCCUUCUUAAUUCAGGAAAUCUUAUAAGAAAGAUGUCACGGUGGUCAUACUUUGCGAAAUAGAGUAAACAGAGUAAAAUAAAUCAAGUUGACAGACUUUACUUGUACCUAACAGUAAAUUGAAUAAAAAUUCCAGAAUAUCAGGCAACUUCAAAUUUUAAAGAGAAAAAUUUUGGAUGAGGCAUGACCAUUGUUACAGUUUUCUUAUGAGUAAAAUGCUCCUGGUAAAUAACAGAAGCAUAUUUUGCUCCAUAAAUACACCAACAGCAUAAUCUUGCAGUAUUGGAAUCAUCAGAGUAACCUUGACUCUUAUACAAGGUCAUAGCCUGCAUUUCAUUUGGAGCUCUGAAACAAAAGAACAGUGCUCCUUGGAAACAUAUGAUGGAAAACUGUGCUCCCGGGAAACAUUCUGCUCCUUUGAAAGAGUAACAAUCUACCAAAGAUAUUCCCAGACAGAUGUUAUUAUUUAUUUAUUUGAAAAAGGAGAAGAAUCAGUGCAAUUUUAGUUAAAUGUGUAAAAGUAUUCUCAGAGUUGGGAUGAUUUGUAUAAGUGCAAAAGAUACAGUGCUUAUGUUUGCUAUAGGGUGAGUUCAGCAGCAUAGUUUGUUACUGUGAGUACGAGAGGUCUCUUUCAUGGAGAUGAGGUUAAGGGGACCUUUUACAUAGCAAGUGACACUUUAGCCAGUUUGACACUGUUAACGACGACUCUGAUUUGUGGCAAACAUUUUUUUUUCUCUUAGUUCUGACUCAUUGAUUGGUACUUUAUGUGUGUCCCAUUUAUGGCGGAUUUUCAUCAAACUAGAGCAGUCAUUGUAGAAAGGCUCUUGUUAUUUUGUGAAAAGCAGUGUCUCUA